UCACUGACUUCGCUACGGUAUGGUUGUCAUUUCGUCCGUCUAUCAAAUAUCGUGAUAGAUGAAUGGAAAAUAAUUAACUUUAUCGCAGCGAAGACGCCUCUCGUAACUCCUCGAAACGUAACGUCGCGUGUGCUUCAACACAUUAGUGAUUACAAAAGCGUUAUGUGCUGUGGUGAGCGGCGGCUGCAGCAGUGUCGGGGUGCGUGAGUGAGGAGGAGAGGCGCGAUGGGGGCGCGGCCGGGGUGAUGCCGCCGCGGCCAGCGGCCGGCCGCGCGGCCAUGGCGGCCGACAGCGAGCGCCCGCCGCUCGCUCUCUUCACCGCCGUCUACGACUAUGUGGCGCAGGGAGAGGACGAGCUUUCCCUGCGCCGCGGCGAGAUCGUCGAGGUGCUGUCAAAGGACGCCAACAUCUCGGGCGACGAGGGCUGGUGGACGGGGAAGAUCGGCGACCGCGUCGGUAUAUUCCCAGCCGUGUACGUGACGGAGGAGGACCCGCUGGCCGUGGAGCCGCCGCGCGUGUCCUUCUCCGAGCUCAAGCUGGAGGAAGUGAUCGGGGUGGGCGGCUUCGGGAAAGUGUACCGCGGCUAUUGGAACGGUGAGGUGGUCGCCGUGAAGGCGGCUCGCCAGGACGCGAACGAAGACAUCGAGGUUAUUAAAGAGAGUGUGUUGCAAGAGGCGAGACUGUUUUGGGUGCUGCAGCAUGAGAAUAUAGUGUCGUUGAAGGGUGUUUGUUUGGGGGAGCCAAACUUUUGCCUGGUGAUGGAGUACGCGCGCGGCGGGCCUCUGAACCGGGUGUUGUCGGGUCGCAAGAUCCGGCCGGACAUCCUGGUGAACUGGGCCAUCCAGGUGGCCCAGGGCAUGGAGUACCUCCACGUUGGGGCGCCCAUGUCCCUCAUUCACAGAGACCUCAAGAGCUCUAAUGUAUUGCUGAGCGAGGCCAUUCUGCCAGAUGACCAGUUGGAGGACAAGACUCUCAAGAUCACAGACUUCGGUCUGGCCCGGGAAGUGUACAAGACCACCAGGAUGUCGGCCGCGGGGACUUAUGCGUGGAUGCCGCCUGAGGUGAUAAAACACUCAACAUUCUCCCAUGCAUCGGACGUGUGGUCUUAUGGUGUGCUUCUAUGGGAACUUCUCACCGGAGAGACCCCAUACAAGGGUAUAGAUGCUUUAGCAGUCGCCUAUGGGGUCGCUGUGAAUAAGCUCACAUUGCCCAUACCGAGCACCUGUCCUGAACCCUGGAGGGUGUUGAUGGAAGCGUGUUGGCGUUCAAACCCUCGUGAACGGCCACUGUUCCCCGAAAUCCUGGAACAGCUAGAGAGGAUCAGACAGUCGGAGUUCACGCGCGCUCCCCACGAGUCCUUCCAUACCAUGCAGGACGGUUGGCGACUGGAAAUUGAGGAGGUUCUCCGAGAUCUGCGGAGAAAGGAGAAGGAGCUCCGCUGUCGCGAAGAAGAGUUGACUCGCGCUCAACUCAAACAGAGACUGGUAGAGCAGAACCUCGCUCAGAAGGAGAGAGAGUUGGAGAUGCGGGAGAUUGACCUGGUGGCUAGAGAGCUGCAUAUACUGAUCUUCGCCAGCAAUAUGUCCGCUAAUCAGCCGCCGCAGCCUAAUAAACGGAAAGGCAAAUUCAGCAAGAUAAAGUUGCUGAAGAAGGACACAAUCUCGUCUCCCCUGGACUUCCGACACACGCUGACAGUCCGACCCUCGGAGGACGAGUCCAGCGUCAAGCAGCUCGUGGCCGUCGCUAAGGACACCCCGCCGGGGUCGCCUGCCAUCAUGAGGGCUAUUGCCCUGCCAGCGGACGGCGUGAAGGGCAAGACGUGGGGCCCGUCCACCGUGCACCAGCGCUCGCGCACCGCGCUGCCGGCCGCCGCCCCCCUCCCGCGCCCCCGCGCGCCGCGCUUCAGCUCGUCCGCGCCCUGCCUGCCGCCCGCGCGCACAGACUUCAGUCCGGACGACUGGGGGCCAGAGUUCCCGCUGUCCGCUGCGUCACGAUACUCCGUGCCUAUGCCCACCCUGUAUAGUACUGAAGGCUACAAAUUCAAGAAGCCGAGUAUAAUUGAGCUGGUAUUAUACAAUAUGGCGGCACUGCUGGGCGGGGUGGCUGCCGGGUAUGACGUCAGAGUGUCCAAUGUCAGCCCGCUACAUCCUACAUUACAGCCGCAUCGACCGGAAUUGGAACAGGAGCCGCUAAGCUCGUCCGUAUACGAAGGCUUCGGUUACGCGCACAACACCUACCACGGACCCACGCGACAUCUGAGGGCACCGCUCAACGCUAUCACUGGAUCGCCUAUAUCUGGUCUCCAAGCAGACGAACAAAAGCCUAUCCGGUUCACAGACUCCCCGACACACUACGCGCACCCCUCAUCAUCAUCCGGCUACGGGCACUCCGCGCAGCCUCUGUCCGGGACCUCCGGCCUCGGCACCACGCCCUCCCCGCGCCGGACCUCCUCCACCUCCGACCAUCUCGCAGACCUUUACCACAACUACAGGGAAAACUUCCAACCAUCACCUUCCCAAGAACGAGACUACUUCUAUAGGGAACCAUAUACCUUCGACAGAACAGCCGAAUAUGUUGUCAAACACCCUUACUACGGCUACGAUGAAUGCUCCUUCGAGUAUAGAGAACCAACGCCAGAUUAUAGACCCCAAUACCCCACGCAUAGACGCACCCCCUCAAAUUCGUCAGCCUCAAACCCACCAGAAGAGUUCUCACCUUCCAGACAGUACAGAAGUAAGGAGAAGAGAGAGGAAUACAGACCGAAGACUGAGUAUCCACGUAAAUCAAACGACUAUUCCUUACCCAGAGACUUUUAUAGGCAAGAUUCGCAAGAGAAAGCUGAGAUUGAACGUCCCGCGAAUUUGGGGCUAGAAUUAGCGCCGACGAAGUUAAGAUCUAGUUUGAAGAAGUAUAACAAGAAGUCGAGUGCGUCUGGGGGGAGUUCGGGAGGGGGAACGCCGACGAAUCCGACUCCCCCGGACAGUUUGACGAGUGAGGACAGUUCGUACGUGUCUGCCAGGGACGCGUCGAGCGGGUCGGCUUCCCGGGUGCGGUUCAGCCCGGACACCGCGCCGCCGCCCGCCGCCCCGCGCCCGCGACACACGUAGCGUCGGCGCAACAAGUUCCGCGACUACCUCGUGUGACAUGUGACGUGUGACAAGUGACGUGUGACGUGUGACGCGAGCCUCGUACGAACGCUUUGCUUCCAUAGCUCUUUGUUCAGACUGUACGCAGUUUGUGUGUAGCCAAUGUGAUCGUGGAGUGAAGUUUGUGCUUGUCUAGCAUUGAGUUUACUUGUGUGUACCAAAUAACUUUGCCUCUCUGAAGUUAGAUGUUCUUUGCCAGUGUUCUGUGCGCACUUGACUUGCACAGUCACUAGUAGCUAACUUCGCAGGAGUAAAGUUCUUUGAAGGGCGAUGUACUUCAAACGCAUUUAAUGUCAAAAGGAAGAGCUAAAAUUACUUUUAAUCAUUGACUCCCAUUCAGUCGUAAUAUUUUAUGAAACAUACAUAUCCUCACUUGGUAUUUUGAUGACAUUCCAGAAGUUUUUCCUUUAUUUAAAUAUCAUGGAUGGAUCAACUUGUAUGUUGAUAGUUCGGUCUUUGGCUACGAGUAACUGCAAUAAGCUAAUGUAUAAACGCGAUUGUGUUCAUUAUUUAAUGUAUGCAUAGUUUCCAUUGUACAUUUUGUAUAAUACGUCGACAUAAUAAGAUGUAUUUAGCCGACAAUGUAAAGCGAAAUGCUCUUUCACAGUGCCUAUCGCGCGGAAAUAUUAUUAUUAAAUUCCUUAUUGCGUGAUGUAGAGAUUAUGAUUAUUUGGAGAUUUUCUUUGGGCAAGGCAGCUUCGUGAGACUGGCAUGCAAUGAAAAAUCUUUUCCAUACAUAAGUAGAGUGAGUUCAUUAGAGUUGAAAAGUUUCUUACAUUGCACCCAGUCUCUUUAUCGAGGCUUCCUUGCACCAUACAAGAUCAACUUAAUCUAUUAAUUUAAAUUAUAUUCAGGUUUGAUGUUAGCAAUCAGGAACAAAGUAGGCACAAACUAAGCAUUGUACAAAUUGUAAAUAUCUGAUCAUGUGGCUGAUGUAGUCAGCGAGUAACUUUCAUUAACGUGCGAGUAUUUCCUUUAAUUUCGUUAAAUUUAUAAAUAGUACAAAUGUAUUUUGUAAGUGUCGCUGUGUUCGCACGCGACGAAGAAAAAAAACAUAUUUUUAAUUCAACGUAAUCAGUGUAUAUUUUGAAACUAACAAUUAAUAUAUUAUGUAACUUAUAUCACUAAGUUGUAUGCAUUUUGUACAAAACGUUAGAUAUUUUUUACUGAAAGAUAUCAGUAACAUUAGUACCUAGUAUUGUGAGCAGCUUUUAUAUCCCACAAUUAAAUAAUGUAAAUUAGGUAAAAAUACUAGUCGGAAGUUUGCGAAAAUCCUAAAUAUUGCAUAUCCAGCUAAAAAUUGAUAUUAUAUUCGAUAUUACGCUUCCCUUACCCGAGAAACACUGGAUUACUUUAUAAUGGAGAUAUUACAGUCGUUCCGUUCAACUGAUGGCCUAUAAUCGGGAAGCUUCAAAUUAUCACUUAAAUUAGCGUAUAAAUUAAAAUGUAAGAUGUAUAUCGGAAAUUCGAAUAAUAUUAGCUUUGAUAAUUAUUGUUAGCCCGAAUCAGUGCCUAAUGUCUGGGACGGUACUUAGAGAUUAUGCUAUGGAAAGACACGAUUUUAUCAAAACGAAUUACUUUUUUUUACAAUGGCCAGUAAAAUCUAUUGGACAGCUGACAAGUUGUGUUAUUUAUUGUUUCAAUUUUUAUUUUCAUGUGCAAUAUGUGAAAUUAUUUUGCGUCCAUAUUUAAUUUAAUUAUAUUUUAUUAUUUAUAAAAACAAAUCGUCGUGAAUGUAACAGUAUUUUAUACAGUAUUCGAAGUAUUGUAUAAUCGGAAAAAAUAUAUGUAUGGUUGUAUUUGUAGUAUAAUUUAUUAAGUUAGCUUGAACCAGUGCCAAUGUCGUCCAGUGUUUACUUUCUUUUAUUUCCAUUUAGUACAAACCAAAUCCUAACCAAAUUAUCGUAAGAAUCUCUUGUAAAAUUAAGUUUCUGAUGAUCAAGUCACAAAUUCUGAGUGAACGAUUUAAAACGAUAUUAUGUAAAUAUUUAUCUGAGAUUCACGGCGCGUUUACUUAAAAAAAACUCUAGUCCUGAUUUUUUUUUAUUUUAUUUUAAUAUCUGGCUUGUAAUCGAGUGGUUACGAACGACUGGCGAACGUACUUCGAAUGAAAAAAUGUAGUUUAUUGGGCAUUCCUGUGUUUUAUAUACAUUCCAUGUUUUGAAGUGAUAUUAUUGUAAUCAGUGAUGCGUUUAAGACGAAUGUAAAGGUUUUGUGUGCCAAUAACAUGAGGUGGGAGGAUGCCUUACGUCUGUACGUUGAAUCGACAAAUAAAAAUCUAGAUUAAGCUUUU